UGUGGGAGAGAGGAGGAGGAGGAGGAGGAGGAGAAAGGAGGAGGAAGAGGGGACGCCUCCCCCGGACAGCUCCGCGGGCCGCGCCCGCCGCCGGGUGAUGGUGGCUGGCAGUAACUUCCCCUUGAGGGGACGGGGCCGGGUAGGGCCGCGCCGCACCGCACCGUACCCGCGCCGGGAGAGAAAGCGGAAAGUGGGGAAAGCCCGAGAACUUCCCGUCGUCUGCCCGCCCGCGCCCGCCCCGCCGGGCUUCGCCGCUUCCCUCCUGAGAGGAUGUCUGAGACUCCUGCUCAGUGUUGCAUCAAGCAGGAGAGAAUUUCGUACACCCCUCCAGUGAGCCCGGUACCGAAUUACACUCCCUCGUCACCACUACAUGUCCCAGUGCCUCGAGCCAUCAGGAUGGAGGAAGAGGCGAUCAGACAGCCAGCUCACCUGCGUUUGCAGCCCGUUUACUGGAGCAGGGAUGAUGUGGCACAGUGGCUCAGGUGGGCAGAGAAGGAGUUUUCCUUGCGGCCGAUUGAGAGCAACACUUUUGAGAUGAACGGCAAAGCUCUGCUGCUCCUGACCAAAGAGGACUUUCGAUACAGGUCUCCUCAUUCAGGUGAUGUGUUGUAUGAACUCCUUCAGCAUAUCCUGAAGCAAAGGAAAGCUCGUAUGCUCUUUACACCUUUCUUCCACCCUGGGAACUCUAUCCAUGCUCAGCCAGAGGUCAUUUUACACCAGAAUCAUGAUGAAGAUAGCUUUGUCCAGAGACCCUCCAGACCAUCCACAGAAACAAUCCACCACAACCCCCCAACCAUUGAACUGUUGCAUCGUUCUAGAUCACCCAUCACCAACAACCACCGUCCAUCUCCAGAUCCCGACCAGCGGCCACUGAAGUCCCCUCUGGACAACACCAUGCGUCACCUCUCUCCGGCUGACAGGCUGACAAGGCAUCAGCAAGAGAACAACCACCAGGAGCCCUAUCCUCUUUCAGUGUCCCCGAUAGAAAACAAUCACUGCCCACCUCCUCCUGAGAUGCUCCAGAAGUCCUCCAGCCCUCGCCAGGAGAACACCAGGGUGAUCCAGCUGAUGCCCAGCCCUAUCAUGCAUCCUUUGAUACUGAACCCCAGGCACUCCGAUUUCAAACCGCCAAGGUUGUCUGAGGAUGGGCUGCACAGGGAUGUAAAGCCAAUCAACCUGUCCCACCGAGAAGAGUUAGCUUAUAUGAACCACAUCAUGGUGUCUGUAUCCCCUCCUGAGGACCAUGCAAUGCCAAUUGGAAGGAUAGCAGAUUGUCGGUUGCUUUGGGAUUAUGUUUAUCAGCUGCUUUCUGACAGCCGGUACGAAAAUUUCAUCCGAUGGGAAGAUAAGGAAUCAAAAAUAUUUCGGAUAGUGGAUCCCAACGGGCUGGCCCGGCUGUGGGGAAACCACAAGAACAGAACAAAUAUGACUUAUGAGAAGAUGUCCAGAGCCCUACGCCAUUACUACAAACUAAAUAUUAUCCGGAAGGAGCCAGGACAAAGGCUUUUGUUCAGGUUCAUGAAGACCCCAGAUGAGAUAAUGAGUGGCCGAACGGACCGCCUUGAGCACCUUGAAUCCCAGGAACUGGAUGAACAAAUAUACCAAGAAGAUGAGUGCUGAAGGGAACUGGUGCACUGCCUCUGUGGGUCCAAGGGAUAAACAUCUGCCCAGAUGGCUGCCAUUGUUUUGGAGGGGAAGCAACAACACAGAAGCAGUAUUUGGGGUCACCGCUUAGCUUGAAGACCACACAGGACCUGAAGCACCUUAACAAAACAAACUAACAGGCAGAAGUGGUGUUGGCAGGAAAGUAAAGGGGAGAAAGCCUGGACUGAUGCACUACUUCAUGGUUCCUAUAAAGUCUCCCUUGAGUUCUUUCUUACUUUUUGGUUUGUUUCAGUUUUGGGGGUUUUUUGUUGUUUUGUUUUGUUUUUUUUUUCCCUAAUAAACAUGCAGUUUGACUUUCCUUAUCUCACAUAGG